GCGUGUUUGGUUCUUGAUAACAGCUCGAGUUUUCUGAUCGGCCAUCACGGACGCACAACGACAUCUGGCUUGUCACGAUCGGCGUUAUUUCUGCUUCAGCUUACUGGAGAAAGUAAACUCGAUAAUGUUAAGUGAUCGAUAGUAGCAUACAAAGGAAAAAUGAUCGCCGAAUUGAACGAUCUGUGUCAUACAAUAGCUUUCACAUUGUCACAUUUUCGGCUAUAGCCAAUGUUCACGGAAACUUGGUUGGUGGCUUAAAAAUUUGGCGCAGCUGUAAAUAACGGACAAGCUUCGAGGCAAUGCAGUCACUACAAGCUAUGUCAAAGGUUCCUACGCAAUCUUCUAACCUUCCUCCUCUUCAAAACCUUCCCUCUUGGUCUAGAAACUCUUUGGGAAGGAGAAAGCCUCCACGUCCGAUAAUUCGUGACCGCUUACAGCCUAUAAAAUCAAUAAGGGAGGAAAUGGACGAAAUCGGGGAGGAUAAAUCGAAAGGAAAAGCAAAUCUCCCAGGAAGGAUUGUUUCUGCGCCUUCUCGAGGCCACGAACUGGAUGGAGCUCAAAGGAUAGAAAAUAUAGAGAAACGAAUAGACUACCUGCGUACCCAACAUGCCGAAACGCUAACAAAUUUACACAACGAAAUAGAACGUUUAAAAGCUGAAAACAAAGGUGAGAUAGGUCUGUGAUAACCUUUAGAUCUUGGUUCAAAGCCCGGCAUUUGAUUUUCAAAGUUUUAAAAAAAUACAAUGGGAAAUACAGUAGAGUUGAAGUAGGGUUACGAAGUUGUGUGUUACGAUUUUUGCACGGAGGAAUUUAAGCUGUCUGUAUAUUUUGAGCUCACAUUAUACAAGUUAAUCUUCUAAGAGGGGGGGCUGAUGUAAUAAUUGUUAAGUACUACCGUUUUCUUCGUUUUGCAGAGCUGAAUUUUAAACUGGUUAUGGCGAGAACAGGAGUUAAUCUGGCAAAAGGUUUGUUUAUUCUUUGUUGUUUCCGAUCAUUAAUGAGGUGUGAACGACUUAAGUGACUGAUUUCUAUGGCCUAGGCUUCCACCAUAUUUUCCAAGAGCUUAUCAUGUAGACUUAUUCACUGGCCUUGUUGUACCAGCUCCUAGAAUGGUAAAAAAGACCUGCAUCCUCGAGAUAAUAAUUGUUUGUUUGGAUGUUACAAAACAGCUGUUAUAGCAUUAAGUAAACAAGACAAAGUUCAGGUCAUCAAUGACAUAUUUCAGUCACUUAUCCUUUUCUGACAUGCUGGUGUGACAUAUUUGAGGAUCUUAGCAACCCAUGUAUACACAUCUACAUGGGUCCUGUGUAGGCCUAAUUAUUUAGAAUUCUUUUCGCCGAACACCACUUAUAGAUUAGAUAAAUAAUUUAAACCUCAAGCCUACAGCAGUGAUUGCAAAACAUUUCAAAAUCUUUUGUGUUGUGAUUUUGUCGUCAUUUUGGCCUUGACCAGAUGGAGCUUUGUCUUGAAGGUGUAAAAUGCUAUGUUUGAAGGCACUUAAUAUCUCCAGUUAAUACUACAUGUAGGUGGCGACUAUUACAUUAUUUUACUUGUUGGAAUUUUUUUUGUUUGGAGAUGAUACCAUUUUCGUAGGUUGCAUGCUGUGGGUUAAUUUUUAUUUGUCUUUCUUUGAAAAGAAUAAAAAUGUGUUGUGAUCUUACCUCACCAUGCAAAAAAAACAAACAAAAUUAAUACCUGCAGGUUGGAUUGGGGUGAUUUCGCUGUUUCCAGUGCUUGUUGGCAUCGUAACUGAAUACCCUGAGUGAAGGAAAAAAUUUUAAUUCAUAACAAGCAGUCAAGACUUGUGGGUAAUGGAGCACUCUUACCCUCUGAUUUCGUCAAUUUUUCAUGCUGCUUUGCUUAGAAAGUGUUGGUGGUAGACAGUGAUGUAUCAAUGAUGCACAUCAUACACGUAUGGAAAUAAAUUUUGUUUGGAAAAAAAUUUCGGCUCUGUAACUGUCAAUACUUUUUGAUAAUUCGUAAAUACUGUGGCUGUACACUUUGUCUGGUUGUCAUGAAAUUUUUGGUCAGUGGUGAUGCCAUGCAAAUUUCAAUGAUGUUGUUUUGCAAUAACUGAUUAAUUCAGAAAGUGUUCUGUGAAAAGUUUGUAAAGUUAAUUUCUUUCUACAGAUGAUGUUUCUUCAGUUCCUGAUGAAAGUCAUGCUUUGCAAGUUACUGGCUCAGGUGAACCUCUUCUUUUUACUCUCAGUUCAAAGACAAAAUAUUUUAUUCAAUUUAACAUAAUUUAUUUUAAUAGGAUCAAAAUAUGCAACUACAGUUGUUUGCUGUAUAGCUGGAGGGUUCUCUCCUAAUUGUCUCGGGAGCGGUUUUAUUUAUUACCCGUGAUUGAUUCGCAGUCACACGUGUUUUCUAAGAGGGAAGCUUUGUUGGCCUUUGCACAAUUACUAUUUAUAUCUGUGCGUUUUCUGAGUUUCAUCCAGGCAUGGAUUUUGUAUGUAUCUCAUUUGGAUUUUCAGUGCACUGUAAUUUCCUCAAAAAAUAGUCGAGGGCAAUUUUUUUUCACACAAAAGGGGAGGGAUUUUUAAAGGGAAGGCGAUUAUUUCAAAUAUUGCUCACUGGAAGCCAUGCCCUGUAUAUUUUGUUUAUUUUCCCAUUAAAUCAAAAAAUGAUCACAUCAAAUAAACUAAACAUGGGCUUUCUAAGUGUUCCAAAUUUGUUUCCGUGGUUAAAUUUCAAUGUCAAUAUCCUCUGCAUCAGAGCUUGAAUCGUCACUGAUCAGUUUUGCUGGAUCAGAAUCCUCUUCAACUUAACAGGGAAGUUACAUGUAUUAUAAAAGAAAGAGAAGAUGGCAAGAGGGGUAGGGGGUGAUUAUUCGAGGGAGGCGAUUAAUUAUUGAGGGAUGACUAUUAUUCAAGGGAAUAUGGUAUUAUAUAUUUUUUAAAAUGUUAGGUUCAGUCUUGUAAUGAAUGGGUCUCAGCUUUUAGCUAGAUGUUUUUGAACUCUUAGGAAUGCCUUCAUUAAUCUUCUGAAAUUAAAAUAUCAUACCUUUUGUUCUCAAAAAACUUUUGUGGCAGGUAUAUAGAAUCAUGUACUUUCUCUGUGUAUAUGUCUCAGUCUGUAUAUAUUGAACACUGAAAGUGAGAAUUUCAAACUGCAAGAUUCUGCAGUCGGUGAUAAGCCUGAGAAGUCAUAGUGUACAGAAUCAGGUCAUUUUGGAACGUUUUACCUCUAUGACAGACAGUGGUACUGGUACAUUGUACCUGUAUGUUAUUUCAUGGGAAGUGAAAUGAGAUAUUGUGGAGUUCAUUGGUUUCAUUUGCUUCCUUUAUUUGUAGAUGAGGAAGUUCAAGAUUUGUUAACAGAAACUCUAGACGUGUCAAAGUCCAGGCAUGAAGAGAAGCCACCUUUACAACACCCAGUCAAAGAAACAUCUAGCAAAAGUACUUUGCAGCAAGCUUCAGGAUCAAGUGCAAAGAGAAAUAAAAGGUGUGAUUGGAAGUACAGUACAUGUAGCUACAAUGUAUUUGAUAAACAUUAAAAUUCUUCUAGAAUUUGGAUAAAAUUAAAAAUUAUGUUAAUUUUUAACUAGUACAGUACUGCUCAAUUUUAAGUCAUCACCCUUUUGAAGGAGUGAUUCUUGUCAUGUGCUAUAUUUAAGAGCCAUUAUCUGAGAAAAUCGAGAAUCGCACGACACUCGUCAAAAAAUUGAAUUUUUUUUUAUUUUGCCAAAACAUCCCUUUUAGUGACCUUAUUUCAGGAAAAAUAGUUUUGGGUUCAAACGAUUCAUUUUAAAGGAGAAAUUAGGAAAAGUUUGAAAAAUCGAUUUUAUGCUCGUUUUUCGCACAAAACACGGCAGGAUGCAAUGGCAACUUCGAGAGAAGGGUGAACGCGUAAGAAACAUUCCCUGACAUUGAAACUUCACCGAAUUAUUAUUUUGUUCUUACUCUUGAAAAUCCUAAAAGAAAAUUUGAUAAACAAUGUGUUACAUUUUUAUAAUCGACAAGUGUAAAGAGGUCAUAUUUGUGACGUUAGACGUGCUAGAAAAUGAAGGCCAACUUUGACUAUUAAAAAAGGCCUCUGGUAUAUGCCGCUUGAUCAUAAAAUCAAUAUAAAAUGGAACCUUGGCUUUUGUACUAACUUACUGGAAAGUUUUAGCUCUGGAAAUCAAAUAUCAUCCUGACACCAAAGCAAGCGGUGACAGCAAUUGAAUUGGGAAAUUUAUGCAAAUUAGACGGCUUGCAGACGGUUGUCAAACUAAAAGAAAGGUUUUACAUGAAAGGAUUACUCACCAUUGCUUGUAACACGUUUUCACGGCAAGGAAAGUUAUUUCCAACUUCUGUUGCGUCGUUUUGAGUCACAAUAAAAUAUAUAAUUUUUAGCCAAAAGACAAAUUAACGUACGUUUGCUCAGCAACUGCGUCCGAAUCCGGCCGUGAAUCGAAAUAAAGUCACAACACGUCGAAGCAAGAGUUACAAGAGUUUAUACUUCAGUCAGGAGGCAAAAGGAAUAAAAAUUCAUCGCAAACUAAUGACUUCGAUUUUGAAAACCUUUCAUCACUUCAAUCGUUCGUCGGCUGAUAAUAAACAUCGCAUAAGAUCGUAUGACCUUUGGUGUGACCGGAAAUUGGUCACACGCUUUAGUCACGUCAGCAUGCUGUCACGAAAUUUUCGUAGCUGUUGCCAGCAAUUUUAAUACAGUUUUCACAUUUUUUGACAAGAAAUCGUCUCAUCGCAGUAGAAACAUCCAUGCAUAUUUAUUUUUCUUUUAUUUACCUACUAGGCUUUGAAACAGCUUUUUUGCCUUCGAAGUACUAAACAGGAGGGGUACCUCGGAUUCCAAGUGUCGUGAGUGAUCCGUGGAAGCGAAAAUUAAGACCAAAAAAGAACGAAUAUUUUGAAUACUUAAGUAAAGCCACAGCUAAAAAUUAAAAAUUUGUUCAAAAUAUUUUCAAACCAAGAAAAAAACAUACUUCGAUCAUCCCCGUGACUUGGAAUCUGGCCAGAGUACCCCCUCCCCCUCCCCCUCCCCUCCUCCCCUAUGGCGGGUCAAAAUACUAAGUUCCCCCGGCCCAAUGUCCCAUAGUCAACGGAGUAUACUCUCUUGCUGUAGUAAAGAACUUGCAGAAUAAUACCAAUUCUCCGUGGCCAACGGACUCAACGCUAUAGUUCACUUUGGUUUUGCUUGUUGAUUUUUUCCCUAUUUGCUCACGAUCAGGGGCCUAUAACCCCAAUCAGGACCAAAUUAUGAAACCUGUUAUUACCAGAAAAAAAAACACAAAGAAACAGUCAGUCAGAUAGACAGUACAUAAUUAAAAAGACCUCGACUAAGAUUAAAAAAAAUCAAUACAUGACACUGUCAAAUACGAAAACCCAGAAACCAUUUUGUGGAAAAAAGGUUCGCAUACAGCUAUCAGCUGCUUUUGUCCACAACUCGCCGGUAGAGGUGCGCGGAAACUAGUGAUUGUGAAAUGGCUUCAAACUAUGAUCCUAUACUGUUGGAAUAUUACUUAUCACAGAAAGCUACACCUGAUUUCUUCUAGCAGACCCAAUCCUCUCGGUUCGUGUGGACAAAGUAGCUCAUCCCGGCUAUUUGCACCAUGCUACCAUAGUCUCCCUAGAUUCCAAAGCCUCGCAAGCAGACCUUCCUGUCCCACGAACGUUGGGUAGGUUUGUAGGACGAGCCAAAAGAAAGUGAAGGCUAUAGGCUCUCGCGAUGAUGCAAGGAAGGUCGAGUAUUAUAUUCCCCUAUCCUGGUCGCCCAGGGUAAGUCUGCGGAGGAGAGUGACUGAGGGGCUGUAUGUUCGAAAAGUUGACUAACGCCCCGGGACUAACGCUUUCCCCUGGAUAAAUCUAUAUCCAAUAAGUAACAUAAUUGCUUCUUCUUAUUCGCUUGAUAGUGAUUUCCUGUUGUUCAACGUUUGAACAACAGGGCCCUAAAGUAUUGUGUUUCGUCUUGCACUAAAAACCCAUAAACCUUAUAAAUUUCACUAUGGGACUUCAGCACCUCCCUUGAAUGAUCCAUUUCGCUAAACGGGACCUCAAAACAACGAUUCUGUGUAUCCUAAGGGAGUGUAUACUAUACUUUCCUGGCUCUCGUCACUCACAGUGAGGUGAUGGUGGCUUAUACUGUAAUAGACCUAACACAGUCGAACCUCCAUGUGCGACCGCCAAUCCAAAAGACCAAAUUUUCCCAGUCAAAGCCUUACAGUUGGAACCUCCAGUAAACGACCACCUUCUGUAAGUGACUGCGACCACUUUUGGGCGUCCACGGUUAAUUGUUUUCCAUGAGCGACCAGCUGACGCAUUCUCUGCUCUCUAUUUUUGCUGUGUGCACUAUGUUCCUUAGAAAAUAUGAAGACCUUUAGUGACAUCGUGGAACUACACAUAUCCUAACUUAGUAGAUGUAGCCAACAAAGUGAAGAUACUGUUGUGAUUCUAGACUAUUCUAUAUCUCACUCACCUGAAUCUCUUUAAAUUGAGCAUGAUUUAAAAGCUGUAUUUGUCAAAAGAGGUAAAAGAUAAUAUUUUGCCAGGAAUUUGUUACACCGCCAUUUAAUAGAAUGUGCCUGGACCUCUUCUCGGAAUAGACCCCAUGUGGUCCGAUUCUUCUAAACGACCACCUCCGUUAGGGACCACUAAGUCUUUGCAUUUUUGGUGGUCGCUUACUGGAGGUACGACUGUAUUACUUUGACCUAUCAGAGGCUUACCGAUAAUAAAGGGGAUCUGGAAGGGGGCAUGGAUGCGACAAUCACAUGCAAGGUGACUUACUUAAAAUAGUAGACAUCUAACUGACAAUCAAAGUUUGUGCUUAUUAUUGGGGUUAUCUGGUGUUUACUCACCUCCCAAGCUACCCUGGGCGAGCCAACUUUUCCUCCAUUUCCUUACAAAACUUGCCAAGCCAUUUACAUGAGAAACAAAAAGGUUGGUUCGGAUAGACGCCUUACUACCAGUAGUGGGCGGGGUUGAGGGCUUCCGGAAGUCAGCCCUCCACUGAGCCGGUAGUGGUAGCCUCACCCUUCUAGCCCGGCUAAUAUUUCUCCACUUUGGCUCGCCCAGCUAGCUGGGACAACACGGUCAAGGCUAGACAAAGACAGCAUGCGCAAGCACUGUUGACUCGGACAAAGUGGUCAGUUUUUUCCUCAUAUAAACGCUCGCAAAAGUUGGCUCGGCGGGAAGGUUGACCUUCUCUCCGAACAGCUUUUCUCCAUCCAUGGGUUCCAAACAGUCUUUUAGCAGUCACGUUUGAAAUUUAUAGGAAAAGGACGUAGCACUUCAAAAAAAAUAAUAAUAAUAAAAAUACACUUUUUUCACAGCCUGUCAAUGCCUAGAAGGUGUCUAUAAAAGAAAUCAAUUGCAGAACAGGAGUCAAUUUCAGUUUUUUGCGCUUUUCACGCUAGCACCGCGAAGCGGACUGGGAAGCGAGACACGCGCGCGAUGCAUGGGGAACAAGUUCUGCAGGCUAUCAAAGAAAUUAAAAAUAAAUAAAUAAAGCAGGCCUGAUUUUAUUGAGAUGAGUCUAUUUUUUGUCGAAAGCAAACGUGAAAAAUCGUAUUAAAAUUCGUGACAGUAUGCUAACGUGACUUAAGCGUGUGACCGAUUUCGGUCACACGCCAAAGGUCAUACUGAUCUUGUGCGAUGUUUAUUAUCAGCCGCAAAGCGAUCAAGUGAUGAAAGGUUUUCAAAAUCGAAGUCAUUAGUUUGCGAUGAAUUUUCAAUCUUUUGGCCUCCUGACUGAAGUAAAAACUCUUGCAACUCUUGCUUCUAAAGGACCGCAGUGACGUGUUGUGACUUCAUUUUUGAUUCACGGCGGAUUCUGGCGCUGUCGCUGAGCAAACGACGUUUGUCUUUUGGACCUUUUGGCUUAAAAUUAUGGAUUUUGUGACUCAAACUGACGCAACAGAAGUUGGAAAUAACUUUCCUUGCCGUAAAAACGUGUUACAAGCAAUGGUGAGUAAUCCUUUCAUGUAAAACCUUUAUUUUAGUUUGACAACCGUCCGCAAGCCGUCUAAUUUGCAUAAAUUUCCCAAUUCAAUUGCUCUCACCGCUUGCUUUGGUGUCAGGAUGGUAUUUGAUUUCCAGAGCUAAAACUUUCCAGUAAGUUAGUACAAAAGCCAAGGUUCCAUUUUAUAUUGAUUUUAUGAUCAAGCGGCAUAUACCAGAGGCCUUUUUUAAUAGUCAAAGUUGGCCUUCAUUUUCUAGCACGUCUAACGUCACAAAUAUGACCUCUUUACACUUGUCGAUUAUAAAAAUAUAAGACAUUGUUUUUCAAAUUUUCUUUUAAGGUUUUCAAGAGUAAGAACAAAAUAAUAAUUCGGUGAAGUUUCAGUGUCAGGGAAUGUUUCUUACGCGUUCACCUUUCUCUCGAAGUUGCCAUUGCAUCCUGCCGUGUUUUGUUCGAAAAACAGGAAUAAAAUCGAUUUUUCAAACUUUUUUUAAUUUCUCCUUUAAAAUGAAUCGUUUGAACCCAAAACUAUUUUUCCUUAAAUAAGGUCACUAAAAGGGAUGUUUUGGUAAAAUAAUAAAAAAUUCGAUUUUUUGACGAGUGUCUUGCGAUUCUCGAUUUUCUCAGAAAAUAGCUCUUAACUCCUAUUUUGUUUUGCUAUCUAAUACAGUGUAUGUAGUUUUAAUUAUAUAAGCACCAGUGAAAUACGAGGUGAGCUAACUAGUUUGAAAACAUUAUCUCUUUACAUGUGAAUUUAGGUGUAGAUAUCUGUUGAUUCGGCUACAUUAUUAUCACUUGCAGUUACAAAAUUUUCUUUUCUAAUUUGUUGAGAACGAAAUAUUUUUAACAUGAGAAGAGGAAUUUGUUGUUUCUCUGCAUGGCCAUGUCAUCCUUUAUAUCUCUGAUCUUUGAGGUACAGAUAAAAGGAUUAUUUUUUCAUUUUUUUUGGUGCCGGUCUAAUUUUAUAGUAGUUUUUAUCCGUAGCACUGGACUAUUAUAUAUUUUUUUAUAUUAUUUUAUUGAUGAUUACUUGUAAGAGCAUUAAGACUUUGUUGAAUUCUCCUAGCACUUGUAUAUUAUAAUUAUUAUUAUUACUAUUAUUAUUAUUGUUAUUAUUAUUAUUAUUAUUAUCAUUAUUUUGUGAGUUAUCUGAGUUGUUGCAUGUAAAAACCCCUCAUUUUAAGCUGGAGGCUUGGAGUGGUUCUUUGAUGGAGCAGAGAGUAAUUCUAAGUUACAUGAUUUUAAGAUGAAUUCAAAGUAGACAGACUGCAAAUUAUAGUAAUUGCUAAAAAAUAUAUGUACGUGUCCCAACUGUUCAUCAGUAGGAUGCCUAAAAUGUGUGCUCCAUUAAAUCCUAUACCAAUUGCAGAACAUUUUAGCAGGAAUGUGGUGCUAAUACAGUGCUCAUAUUGCCAAUUUUCACCUUUUACCUUUCUCUUGUAAUGCUUGUUUUGAUUGUCAGUGCAAAAAGAGCAGAAAAUUACUCAUUUUGACUGUUCAUAACUUAACCCAUUCGCCCCUGAACCGCCGUAACCACCCGUGCGGAUCCAGGUCCUUUCUACCCUUUGUGACGUCAUCAGUUUUAACGGUCAAGGACAACUUUCUUCGCUAACUUGUGCAGAGUGAAGAGAUCUUUCAAACCAUACCAGAAUGAGCACAAUUCAGUCAAGGACACCGGGAAAGAAGCAAAAAACCAUGUGACAAGGACCUGAAAAUCUCCAUGAAAAUCUUGUUCCAUUACCCACCUACCUUUCCUUUCACCUAAUCCUAAGAUCCUAAAAACUCUUCCCACCAAAAUGAAGCCUACUAAAUGCCCAGCAAGAGAAAAAAAAAAUGAGGCAAGAAAAGCGAAAAAAGAAGGGAGGAGAGAAAGCGAAAAGUAAAAGUCAAGACUGCUGUGUCACUUUUAAACCCAAAAACUUGCUUUCUGCGCAUGCCCGAACUUUGCAAGCUGAUAUUUUGCAUCUGGAUCAGAAGGCUGCCAAGUGUACGACCUGUAAACCGGUUUGUGGUAAGUUUUAGCUCUUUAUAGCACGACAGUGACCAGAAAACCACUCGACUAGCUUCAAAACGCGUUUCUCGGCAAAAUCUCCAGGAGCGAAUGGGUUAAGUAAAUGAUCUGUUGACCUAGUGUGUACAAUGUACAUAUAGCUUGGAUUUUUUCAAUAUGAAACUAUAGUGGGAUAGCAUGGCACGUAUGUGUAAGAUUGAAUGGAAUGGACAGAAAGCAAUCUGAUCAUGUGCGUUUGGACCUUCUUCAAUUGUAAUCUGAUCACAUAUGUUUUGACCAUCUAUCAUGUGAAACUUGCAUAAAGCACAAAACGAUUUUGACCUUUGCCAUUGUCACCCACACUCCGUAACCUUUGGUUAUUACUAGUUAGUAAUAGUCAUAAUGGUCUUUGCGUAAGCAGUGUUUGGUAUUUUGAAGGAUGUUGGUGGAGUGAGACACUAUACCAGUUUAGUCCUGGCAUGUUUCUUGUGAGGUCUAGGCUGGUUAGUUUUCUCUCUUUACACUUUAUGCUGCCGAGCUGUUGCAAUAUCCAGUAGACUAUUCUCCCAUUUUCCACAAACCACAAAAACUUCUAGUCCCUAAAUAAAUGAAUAUACAUGUAAAAGUAGACUCAAAUGAUUGACAUAUGAUUUGGGGGUACGGUAGAUUGAGUAGAGAAAUAAAAGGUGUGAUUGGAAGUACAGUACAUGUAGCUACAAUGUAUUUGAUAAACAUUAAAAUUCUUCUAGAAUUUGGAUUAAAAAUUAUGUUAUUUUUUAACUAGCACAGUACUGCUAAAUUUUAAGUCAUCACCCUUUUGAAGGGAGUGAUUCUUGUCGUGUGCUAUGUUUAACUCCUAUUUAUUUUCGCUCUCUAAUACAGUGUAUGUAGUUUUAAUUAUAUAAGCACCAAUGAAAUACCAGCUGAGCUAAUUAGUAUGAAAACAUGAUCUCUACACAUGUGAAUUUACGUGUAGAUAUCUUUUGAUUCGGCCACAUAAAGCACAAAAGGAUUAAUAUUCGGCUGCAUAAAGCACAAAAGGAUUGGUUAUUACUAGUUAGUUAGUAAUAGUCAUAGUGGUCUUUGUGUAAGCUCAGUGUUUGGUAUUUUGAAGGAUGUUGGUGGAGUGAGACACUAUACCAGUGUAGUCCUUGCAUGUUUCUUGUCAAGUCUAGGCUGGUUAGUUUUCUCUCUUUACACUUUAUGCUGCCAAGCUGUUGCAAUAUCCACUCCGUAACCUUUCGUUAUUACUAGUUAGUAAUAGUCAUAAUGGUUGUUGUGUAAGCAGUGUUUGGUAUUUUUAAGGAUGUUGGUGGAGUGUCACAUGUUUUGACCAUCUAUCACGUGAAACUUGAAUAAAGCACAAGGGGAUUUUGACCUUUGGCAUUGUCACCCACACUCCGUAACCUUUGGUUAUUACUAGUUAGUAAUAGUCAUAAUGGUCUUUGCGUAAGCAGUGUUUGGUAUUUUGAAGGAUGUUGGUGGAGUGAGACACUAUACCAGUGUAGUCCUUGCAUGUUUCUUGUGAGGUCUAGGCUGGUUAGUUUUCUCUCUUUACACUUUAUGCUGCCGAGCUGUUGCAAUAUCCAGUAGACUAUUCUCCCAUUUUCCACAAACCACAAAAACUUCUAGUCCCUAAAUAAAUGAAUAUACAUGUAAAAGUAGACUUAAAUGAUUGACAUAUGAUUUGGGGGUACGGUAGAUUGAGUAAGUUUACAAAAGUGUACUGAGGUGUAUUAUCAGGGUUUUUACUACACAGGUGCCAGAACUCAUGUCCCAGCUUCUAACGAAAACCCUUGUACUGUUCUUUCAAAAAUAAUAACCUUUUGUUGAAGAUGUGCCUUAAAUUUGUUUUCCUUCCAAAAUGAAACCAGCUUUAAAACAAGGCAUGAAUGUGUCAGGGGCACACUGUAUGACCUGUUUGUAUCUGGUCCUGGCAUUCCUUGGUAGGUUUGGUUUGUUGUUGGGCUUGUUCAGAACGUAAAGUUUAUUAGCGGUUAAGGAGGGUUCCAUGGGCCAUUAUAGACUUUUAGUCGCUUUCAAAGUAUUAUUAUUCAAUCAGUAUAUAUUAUGCCCUAAAAUGUUGAAUACACAUAAUGAUAUCUGCCAUCAGCACAAUCAAAAACUUUUUAAAAAAUGAUUGUCUUAUUUUCUUGACUUUAUCUUUUAGGAGUGGAUCAGGUAAAAAAGGCGCAGCAGUGAAGGCCACGCCCACACCUCCCUUGUCGGCGAAAAGCUUAAACACAAAACCCAAGAGCUCAGGCAGAUCAAAGACAAAGUCACAGCAUUCUCAUGAGCAGCAGCAUUCAAACCUCAGUUCCCCAUAUGCAUUCUCAUUAAAUAGCACACCACCAUCAGGAGUAAAGCAGGGUGUUUCUGUUGGACAGUCAGUUCUUGUAGUCACAAUCAAGGAUAAGACUGUUAAAGUCCACAUGCCCACAGACAGUGCACCACGAUCUCCUACUUUGGUUGAAUGCAAAGCUAUAAUCAAACAUCAACAAGAGACAAAUAAACGACAGGAACAAGAGGUGAUAAAAAAUUAUUUCCAGCCAUGCCAGUAGAAUAACUGAAACUUACUUGUAGCGAUCAAAUGGUCAUCCACAAACGUUAGAACUGCUGGUUCUACAUCAUGUGCAUGUAGACAAUAGCUUUCAUGUAAUGGUACGCAAUAGGCUUUCAUUUGCAAACUUUGAAGUUAGAACAUGCUAGAUUUACAUUUACAUAAUGAAACAAACGUAAGUCCACAUAAAUCGAAAACAACAUGAAGGAGAUAUUGCAUCUUCAGUUGAACAUGACUGCUGAUGAAACUUUUUCCUCAUUUAGGAACUUGGCUGUGUCCUAAAAUUUACAUUUUCAAUUAAGUUUGCCCUCCAAUAACAUUGCAUGUUUUUGGUUUCCAUGCUUUUGCAUGUACUGUAUGAGAUUUUUAUUUUUGAUUUUUUCCAGCUAUCAAAACUGAAAUCAGACUUGAACGAUGCUUUGUAUUCUGACAAAUGGACACCAAAUGCAUAUCUUUUGGCAAAAUCAUACAUGGCAGAGGAGGUGCCAUCAACUGCAAGGUAUACUAUAUUGGUCAACAUCUUUAUUUUUGUUGUUAUAGAAAUAUCCCCAAGUUGUAGGUUUGGUUGGGUUUGAACUCCAAGCCUCUGAAAAUUCCAGUCUUAGUUUGAGUCUUUCCUUUAAGAAUUUGGGCAACAAGGCCCCUCCCGCUCCGCCCUUUAAUCUCUUUUUCCUCCUCGGCAUGUCCAAUGGAAAUUUCAUGGGGUGGAUAUUCAUAUUUUUUGCCCUCAAAUUCCAUACCUUCUUAUAAUUUUAUGGACAUAAAAGGUUCAAAAGCCAAGUCCUCCAAAAUUACGGACAGUACACCUGUCUGUUAAAAAGACAUCCAUGAGGAGACACAAUUAUGACUACAUUGCAUUGUUUGUUACUAUAUAAUCGUGAUGGGAAAUUAUUUCUCAGGUGGUAGCUUAAUUUUGGGGGAUUAUAUAUUUUUUUUAUUAUUUCUGAGGGGGGUGAAUAGGGGUAUACAAAUCCGCCGAUCCGUUACGAUUUAUUAGCCAAAUCCGCCCUUCCAUUUUCGCCCUAAGUCUGAAAUCCGGGCAAAAAUAUAUCAAUUACAUGUAAAGUCCAAAAUCCGUGCCCAAAAAAUAGAUGAAUCUGCAAUCCGCUGCAAUUGCAGGAUCCGGAAAUCCUUUAAAAUCUCGCUUUGAAUCCGAAACCGGGCAAAAAUAUUUUAAAAAUCCACCCAUCUGUUCGCCUAUCCACCCCCUUCAUUGCUGGUAUUUAUUUAUCAUCAUCAUCCUUCGGCUGCGGAGCAGUCGACCAGGCAUUUAUUAAUAUACUUGUAACUUUGUAAAUGACCAGUCAUGUGGGAGACAAAGUGAGAUAGAAAUUUGUAUGAUUUCAUUGAAUGGUAUCACAGAAGGCAAUUUUCCUCAGAAAAAAGGUUAAGCGUCACUGAUCACACUGUGCAUCUAUGAAAUAAGUUGGUUGAGAUAUCUUAACAUCUGGCAGUUAAACUGGGAGAAUUAAUCUGCCUUUGUGUUUUUUGCUAUGGAAAUAAAAUGUGACUUAGCCAGUUUGUGUAAAUCCUGAAACAAGUGUUUCAAUCUGCAUCCUUGCUCAUUGCUUUUCAUGUCUCUCCAGACACAACACUCCAGCCACAAGAUCGUUGCCACGAUUACACUCAAGAGAGCAGACACACUCAGGAAGGUUAGUUUUAAAAGCUUGUGUGUACAGGUACUUAAAGGACCAUAACUGUUAUGUCUUGUCAGAGGUGUGGCCAGUCUGGGCAGAACCACUAAUGCUGGUGUGGGUAUCAAUCAACUUAAAUAGUAUCUUCCGUAGUAUCCAAGUAGCCUUUUCAAUCUUAGGCACAUGAAAAAAGUUGUUAUAAUUUCACCAAUUUGGGACACUCCACUGGCUCUUAGAACGUCAUGUAGGCCAGAAAACACUUUUUUUAAAGAAAGGUAACCGUUUUAGCCUGACAAACCAGAAAAAUUAUCAGACACGCAUCAUAUUGAGUUUAAUUGCCUUGCAAAUCUUUGCCUGCAUAAUUAUAGUCUGAUAUUUGAUCUGUCCGGUCACAAUGCCCGACCUAAGGUAGAAAUGUAUUGGACAUAGGCAGAUUUACUUUAUUACAGCACCAUUAUGCACACGUCUCUCUCACCUGUGAGAGGAUUAAGCAUGGUAAAUGAGUUCCUUUCCUGGAGCAUGAUAAAAAAAUCUUGCCUGAUAAGAAUGGCCCACCAACAUACCUGACCAUACAUUUUAUUUUAUUUAGUCUAACACUGCAUCUCCAGAAAAAGACCAAAAUCCCAAGUCUUUAUGGUAAUAACCAUUUGAUUCUCACUGAUAUUGAUUUCUUCUUUUGUUUCACAGACUGGCAGCAGGGAGACUGCACUAUGUCAGUGAAAGUGUUUCUCUUCCAGUUUUACGUCCAAAUGGCGCUGCUAAUGUUGCUGAUAGAAAGCGUAGACAACAAGCAGUGGUCAGAGGAAGAGCCGGCAAGAAGGACUUUUGAUGAUAUGAUACUGGAAAAUUAUGCAUUUUAGUCUAGUGCAAUAAUGGUUUUACCCAACUGUAGCCCAUAGCUGUUUGUAUUUCACAGAAUUGUAAAUAUCUUUGAAUUCUGAGCUAGUUAUUUUUGAAUCACACCAACUCUCUCCUCAUUGUUCUUAGGGAAUUAAAUGUACUAUUUACUGAUACGAUCAGCUAAAUGGGGUGCAAAUUAUUUAAUAAAAGAUAUUUAACUAAAGUUUGCUGGUUUGAUCUGCAAGAUUGUGUAAUUUUUGUAAGGUGAAAAUUCUUUCACAGAUUGAUCCAACAGUUGCUUACAUGCAUCUCUAAGCCCCCAAAAAAGAGAUAGGUGACAAUCUUUGACAGUUUGAACAAAGAGCGAAUGAAUUUCUCCUACGUCCUCUAUACUGACUUGCAGUCAAGAGUUUUAUUGUUUGCUUGAUGGAACGCUUCUCCCCCGACGCAAUGAGUUGUACUUAUGUACGAGUUCGUACUUUUUAAGCUUUUAUUUUAAGUCCAGUAGGAUGAAAGAGAGAAAAGAUUGACUGUUAGUAGUCAUUUUGACGGACGGGAACGUUCUCGUUGAUUAAGGCGGCUGUUAUGAGAGUUCAACUUCACCAUUCGUAACCUUCAUUUGGGCCCCCUCCUCUUUCUUUGGUUUUGUAUUGUUUUUUAAGAAUUCUUGUUAAAAAAAAUCGCAUCUAUAUAGCUGGUAAGUGUCUCUCCCCCCUCCUCCUCAAGGCGUAGUCGUACUGCUUUUUUACAUGAAGUCUGAAACGUACAAUCCUAUUGAAAAACAAAACAGGGGACCUUUGAGUUUCUGAUGCUGACAGCUAGCAGAGGGUUCAGUUGAGCAUAGUAGGGAAAAAACUCAAGCUUCGUGUUUUCGUUGCAAGCGUAUUAACCCCUUUUAUUUGUACAAGCCUCUAUAAAACUGGCCAAAAUUUCCUCUAUUUCGCGCUUUAUUAGUUUCAACAAACCACCCUUGGGAAUUUAAUGGUAGAGUUAUGAACUGGACCACUUUCACUCAUUUAGCUGCUUCCUUACAAUUUUUAAAAAACGCGUUGGGCUGGAAGAUUGUCCUCUUGUUUUUUCUGUUCAACUGACCCCUCUACAUAGACAGGAGCCAAUCCCGGGUGAGGAGAACUACCCCUGAAUACUAGUCAUAUAAACUCUUUAUGUCCUUGCGACAGAAACCGCGCAUAAAAUUAUGUCAGGGGCACCCAACGUCAAUUUUCGGAAAAUAUCUGUUCGAAAGACGAUUUGAGAUCUAGAAUUUUCGGAACAUUUUUUGUAAAAUUUCUUGCUUGCCUGCCUAUCCUAGGAUUUUCGAACACCUAAAAAAUGGUAUAAUUGCCCAUUUUUAACAGAUUUUAAUCCUAAAAAGGUCACCUGGAAUUUUCGGGAGCCUUCUCGAAAAGGUAAGUUUUGUUCCCUAUAAUUUUCGGAUCACUAGACUUGCAGCUAGGAAAUCUGAACAGCUGAAAAAUUUUUAAGCGAUAAAAACAUGCCUAUAUCUACCGUUUAAAUACUAAAACACGUUUGGCAAUGCUAUGUUCAAGUGGCUUUGAACUAUAUUCUAUAGGCUCUGUCGCUUUCCGGACUCUGGUGAAUUUCUUGAGCAGGUGUCAGGGAAAUCGCUUUGGAUUUGCGCAGCUCAUGCUUCCUCUGAGCUCCUGCUAUCCUGUUUUGCUCGAAAAGGGCAUUGCGUUUGUUGACUUUGCUACGCCAGGUAGGUCGGUCUAGAGCCAAGGUCUCCCAGGUUUCAACACCUAUAUCAAAGCUUUUCAGCAAUGCUUUAAGACGCUCCUUUUUUCCACCUUUUGAGUGUUUCCCCUCCGCCAAUUCGCCAUAGAACAGUCUCUUGGGGAGGCGUGUGUCAGGCAUUCUGACUAGAUGGCCGGCCUACCUAAGCUGUGCUUUUUUGAGCACUGAGUGUGAAUGUUUAGGAGGCCAGCUAGAGAGACGACUUUGGUGUCAGGGACUUUAUCACGCUAGGUGAUCUUCAACAGUUUUCUAUUAAAAAGGCAGUUCAGGUGGAAUAGGGUAAGCUCGUUGGCGUGGCGUUUGCAGACUGUCCGCGUCUCGCAGACCUCACAGGCCAGGUAGGCAUGCAAGAGCUUUGUUGGGCGAUUUGGGCGACGCCCUUCUUUCUCACGAAGGAGACUGAAACCCAGCGAUUUAGUCACGUGAUGGUUCAAACAAGAUGGCGGUAAAAAAACAUGGCGGUUUCCUUGGACGAAGAAUUAAAGUUUUGCUUUGGUCAUUUUAUACCCACCUCACGUCAUCGCAGAAACCUUUCAAAGACGGAGGAUUAUUCUAAAAAGGAAGAGGUCGGUAAAGAAACUGGAAAAUUAGAGUAUUAACUCUGGGAAGUUACCGUUAGAUAUGUUUUCUUGAGCUCGCUCAAUCUUCUUUCGCUACACCUCUGCUCUGUUAAAAUCAUUUAGGGAGGACGUAUUCAGGGUAUAACGAACCGGACAUAAAUUAUUUGAAAAGGAAAUUGGGGGACAUGGAGCAUCUAAUAUUGGGUCCUCCUGCAUGUACCUGCGCAACAAAACAAUGCAAAUGAUCGACCUUUGGGAGAUAUAUUGUUUUGUUCUUUUUACACAAUUUGUGACCCGAUACCUGCACAAGGACUCCUAAUCCCUCACCUACUGUAUAAUUACUCCUUCAUUAAUUUCUAGUAACAGAGAUAAUCAAUGUGUUAAGCUUCAAGAUGGUGUAAAUCCUAGUGAGCCCAAGACUCCAGUCCAGAACUGGCAUUCUAAAAUAUACAGAUAAGAAUUAUUAAGAGUCAGUUAUUAUUUACAAAACUUGCCAUAAUUUUUUCGGGUAGACCAUUCUAUACCCUAAUGUAGCUGUACUGUUUAACAGUGAUAAUACAUCACUGACUGUCAGUAUUUAUCUUUUUGAAUCUAUCACCUGAAUUUGCAAACAAAUCCUUUAUUUUUAAGGCCAUUUUUAGGAUUAUGCAAUAUGAGACCUCGCGUAUUAAUGAUUUUAAUAGUGCUGGGGGCAUCUUUAGUGGUUUCAAAGCCUCCUACCAAAGUUUAGCUUAUUUAGCCAUCAUUUAUAUACCGUAGGUUUCCUCAGAGGGGGUAUUUUACUGGGAGGGAGGUCAUGGGUUUUCCUUGUCCCACAUAAUAGAGACCUUUUGAUUCCAGCAAGAGAAUGAGUAAAAAUUUUUUGCAUAUUGUCAAAAAAUAGUCACCCCUGAAUACUUCAUCGUCCUUUUUUUCACCAAAAAACUUUCAAAUCUUUAUUCAAGGAAGUUAAGCCCUCUCCCAAUCUGCAUAAAAAGAUAAAAAUUUUAAUGUUUGAUAUCUUACUUCCACCAGUAUAUAUAACAGUCUGGCAAAAACUCAUGCUCAAGCAGUACUCAGUAUUGAGAAAACUUGUACAUGUUGUCAUUCUCGUCUUAGAAUCUUAAGGUCUCUAAUUAUUGAGAAUGACAAUUUAUUACAACAUCUCAAACAAAAUUACUUUUUUGGAUUUCACUUAGGAUGUCAACCAGUGUCCUUUCCAGACCAACCCAAGUGGGCUUCACUAACUUUCCAGUUCCAGCUAGUAUACAACCUGGAUUUAAUCAUGCAGUGAGUGUUCCACAUCGCUUCAUGCCAGGCACAUCGCAUACUGACGCUGCUCCUCAUCAAAUGAACCAGCUGCAGUUUAACUUAGGAGUUCCUACUACAGAGAGUCAAUUAACAACAAGGUUUAGAAAGCCACAGCCUAUAGUUAUAGAAAAAAUAUCUGAACAGUCCCAAACUCCACAUGCAACACCUCAUAUUCCAAGUGUUUAUCCUCUGCAUGUGGCUUCUGUUUCAUCUUCACUGUCAAGUGACAGACUCGCUCUUGCAGUUCAUCUUGCUAAAAAGGAUGUUAAGAAGGUGAAAGAACUUGGAAGUGAUAACAUAUUAGUGUCACAAUUUGAGGAGACUGAAAACAAGCAUGUUACUACAUCAUCCAAGGGGUCGGGAACUACAGGGAAGAAAGGUAAAGGGAAGAGAGGUAAAUCUAAAACUCAAAGUGUUCAAUCACAAAAUGGUGUUACUCUGAGGGAAAGGGUACAUCAGGUGGCAAAAAAGCAAGAAGCGGCAGCUAAAAAACAACAUGAGAUGUACUUUUACCCUGCAACAAGGGAAGAUGAUGGUUUUGAAUCAGACAGGGAAAGGAGUCAAGCAAAUGAAAUACGAAAACUUCGGAAAGAACUUCAUCAGUACAUGAUGCAAAUGGAGGGAUUAAAAAAUGAAAGACCUGAGGUCUUGAGAAAUAAGGAUAAAAGGCUGAAGAGAAGAAGAGGUGACGAAGUGAGAUUAUCAGAUGAUGAUGUUGACCAGCGGCAGGUAGUGAGAUCUGAAGAGCAGGCUGCCCGAUCUGCGAGGAUGCUUUAUGUACUACAAAGACAGGUACCUUUAAAAGAUAAAUCAGUAGACUUUCUAGUUAUUUCACCAUUUUACACCACAUACAGUGUAAGUGUUCAGUCUGGGCUACAACAUGUAGAUCAGACUUGUUUUGCAGUCUUCUCCUUAUCAGGAGGUAACCGUAAAAUUUACCGUGUGAAGUGUUACCAAGAUUAAAUAAGUUGUUUCACAAAAUAUGCAAGUUGUGAUCCAAGCCGAUCCUCAAAAGAAAAGGAAGUAAAUACGGAAAAACAAAAAGCAUGCACAGCUAUUCUCUCUGCUUACUUUAUUUGAAUGUUGAGUGGUACCUUCCGAAGCACUGCAGGCUAACAAUUUUUUUGUGGGCUUGUCCCAAUUCUAGACUUUCUCGACCAGCAGGAAAAGUGUGCGACUUCUGCGACUUGUUACUAAAUUGACCCUAGCAGUAAAGGCAGCCUACAUUCAUAAAAUUCUCUGUUUUGAGACGUUCAAGAUAAUUUUCAGUCAAUUGGUUGACAGGAUUCUUGAAAAUAAAAGCCUUUUUGAGUGCGAAGCCACCCCCACCACCCCCUACCCCCCCACCUCUGGUGCAUAUUUUUGGCCUUACCAUUCAGGGAUGGUCCUUUACCUGCUGAGCUAAUCUUUGGGGAGAACACUGGUUUAGAUCAAUAUAUUGUCAGUAUGAUAAAUAUUUGCCAUGGCUAAUUAACACAGAAAAUCUCCGCCAGGACAGCAAUAUUGGUUGGUUUGCUUAAUUAAGUUAAGUGGUCUUACUUAACCUUCAAGCCCUUGUUCCAGACAAGGAUCCAUAACUCUUACCCCAUUUAGAUCACAAUGGCAGUUGAAGUCUUCACUUAACAGGGUGCAAAGAAAGUCAUUUUUACAGCUUGCCAUUCAGGCAAGCUGAAGCUAGCAUUUACUAGCCCAGAUGUCAUUUCAACUAGCCCCAGACGCUUUUUGACAAACAGAAUUGAUUUCAUAGUUCUUCUGUUAUUGGAACUGCUCAAAAAACCUCACUUGCCCGUUGGGCAGGUUAACGACAGAAUUCACUAGCCCGAUAGCAGAAUCCACUAGCCCUGGACUAUCGGACACUACUUUCUUUGCACGUUGCUUAAUCUCAGCCCAGUGGGCUAAUUUAAAGCUAUGCCCUUUGGUACACACAUACUUAUACAUCUUACGUUGGGUAACUCUUGAAACCAAUAAUAAUAUUUAAUAAAUAACAUAUGACAGAGUCAGUCUAAAAAAAGAUUAAUUUCAGCUCAUUGUUUAGACAAGCCGCUGCUCUCACAUUUUUGUCAAGCUUGUCUCAGUCCCAGUAGUGACCAACAUCAAUUUUCUCCUAACAAUAUCCAUAUAUUGCCAAGAAAAAUGGUUAUGAGAGUUAAUAAAAUGAUCACUUCAACUAGCCCCAGACGCUUUUUGACGAACAGAAUUGAUUUCAUAGUUCUUCUGUUAUUGGAACUGCUCAAAAAACCUCACUUGCCCGUUGGGCAAGUUAACGACAGAAUUCACUAGCCCGAUAGCAGAAUCCACUAGCCCUGGACUAUCGGACACUACUUUCUUUGCACGUUGCUGAAUCUCAGCCCAAUGGGCUAAUUUAAAGCUAUGCCCUUUGGUACACACAUACUUAUACAUCUUACGUUGGGUAACUCUUGAACCCAAUAAUAAUAUUUAAUAAAUAACAUAUGACAGAUUCAGUCUAAAAAAAGAUUAAUUCCAGCUUGUCGUUUAGACAAGCUGCUGCUCACACAUUUUUGUCAAGCUUGUCUCAGUCCCAGUAGUGACUAACAUCAAUUUUCUCCUAACAAUAUCCAUAUAUUGCCAAGAAAAAUGGUUAUGAGAGUUAAUAAAAUGAUCACCAAAGAGAAAAUGCUUUGAUCUUUUAUCAAAUUCUCUCAACUAAUUCUGCAAGAUCAGUUUCGAGAAUUUGUAAGUGCAUAUUGGGGCUUAAAGGGUUAAAGAAUGUCACUUGCCUGGGCUCUUGCUCAGUGGGCAAGUGAGCGUGAAAAGUGACUAGUCCAGCAUUGAAAUCUAUGUGUAUUUGCUGUGGAAGAUCAGACGUGACUUGUGGGAGCCCUAAUUAUUAUGAAUGCUUCUCUGAUCAAGUGCAUAUUUGCCUCCUUUUUCAGGUUCAAGAAAUUGAGGAUGAGCUAAAUAAGAAGGGGAGAGGAAUAAAACACACAAAAAAGGUAUUACUGUGUAAAGCAAUUCUUUCACUUACCUGGACAGUUCAACAGUACACCUUCCAGUGUUUUUAUAUAUAUAAAUUUUUCAAACCUACACCACCAAUGUUAGACACUAACUGCAGUCACUUCAUGUCGAACCAUCUAUUUUAUCUCAGUUAGCUGCUUACUGAGUCUUGAUUGGUAAUGGUAACAGGACUGAGUGGAGUCCAAUUCAGUCUGUAAUCAUAUGAGUGAUUAACAAAAUCGGACAACCACGGAGCUAGUGAUUUCAUUUGUGAUAUAUAAAACUUUUCUUAAAUCAAAACACAAGAAAUUUUGUAGUUAUGAUUAUCCUUGAAACAGUUAAUGUUUGCGAAAAUUAUCUUAUACUUUGCUGAACCUUUGUGUUUACUGAAAUACGAAUAUGGAAUCUUGAAGGAUGGCUCUUAUAGAAAUGGAACAGAAAUUCUAUUUUCCUGCAAUAUUUUCUGCUGGAAUGACCCAAAAAGUAGAGUUCCAUUAUUUUACUCUCCAACCAUAUUAAACUUUUUAAAAUGGUAAACAACCUUCUCUUAGCGUCCAUUAGGGCUGACUAUAUAACUAUAUGAUCAUUCUGCAGAGCCAGACAUUGAGUCGCCUUGCAGCAGCCCAUAGGGGAGCAGUUAGAGCACUGCAGACAUUUGUCAGCCAUGCCCCAUUACAGCCCAAGGUUGGCCAUGGUCUUCCACCAAUGUACCAAGAACUAUCUGCCCUUGUUAGACAAUUAUCACUUUUGGCUGCACAGCUCCAUGUUGGUGGGGAAGAUCUUGGUAAUGAAUUGAAGAGGAUGGAGGACAAAGAGAAAAAGGUGGGCAAGAUCCUAUGUUUACACGAUGAUGAAUACUAGUUGGUUCAUUUAUUGAGUUGUUUGUUGAUUUUUGUCUCUUCUUGUUGUACAUCAUUGAUAGUAAGCUAUUCAAUAAAUCAAAUUCUUUAUCAUAAGAGUGAAAAAGAGGAACCUGUGUUGAAAACAGAAGAAAUCUCAGAGAAGCCAAGUGCCUUUAUCCAGGAAGUAGCUGGCAGAAAACCUCAGGACUCUGAUAAAGUUCCAACACCAAUGAAACCAGGUUUGAAAAUGAAAAGUCAAUAACAGUAGCUAUCCACAGUCUAGGCAGAAUCACUUAAUUUAUUAUCCCUUGAUAAAGUCCCAAUAUAAACCUUUGAAAACAUCACUGAGUUUUCUUAAUUGUGACAAUAUCAGCACAUAGAUGGCUGAUGAGGUAAAGAAAUAUGAAAAAGUGUCAAAUGUUUUUAGAAACACUUUCUUUGGUAUUUCUUUACCGAAUAUCACCUCAUCAGCCAUCUAUUAGUAAGUACAAGUGUCAUCCAUCCCUGAUGGUUUUUCGGUUUAACAUUCAAUAACAAUACAUUAUCAAGAGAAAAAGUUAUGAUCUAACUGAUAAAAUGAUCACCAAAGGGAAAAUAUGCUCUGAUCCUUUAUCAGAUUGUCUCUCUUAUUUUGUAAGGCCAGUUGAUUUUGAGAAAUUAUUUUUAUAUGGGUAUUGGGGCUUGAAGUGUCAACGAAAGGUUCUGUUCACAGUUUAAGGUCUCGGUAAAUGAAAAUUUUAGUACAUUGCUCGAUUUUGGUUUUUUUGGAUUUUUGGCAUGAGUGGGCCCUAAAUUUUAUUUUGGCAGAAAAAGAAAAUCAGAAAGUGCUUUUUAACCCUUCUAAAAUGAGCCUUUUCUGAGCUAACCAGCCAAGCGUGGACCUCGCGCUAAAUCUUUAGAGCUGAUUUUCUCUCACUCUAUUUUAGACGCAAAAAUCAAAAUUCUCUGACCUCCAGUCAGGGCAGGUUUUAAGCUAUCGCUUUGAAACUUUCAGAUAUGACGGAUGAUGAUAUAGACUCAAAAAGGGUGUGAGGAAUUUUCCGAUUUCCCUUUGUAACUCAUUUUAUGUCAGUUUCUUUGCGUAAAUCGCGCUCGAGAUUCGACUUUUUAGUUUGAAAUGCAAUAAUUCCGCUAAUAUGAGACAUAUGCAAAUUUCCUCACACCCUUUUUUAGGUCUUUUAUCUGUCAAUCAGAUGCAAUAAAAAGGAAGUGAAUAUUUAACAACGCGAAAGGGCUGGAGCUUCAGCAGUAAACUCGAUACCUCUGAGUUCGAGAGCAAAAAACUUAAGCGCCGUUUGAAAUUCGAUGAAAUAAAAUCUUUUAUAGGGUAAUUUAGUCUUUUAGCUUUAAUUUGAUAUAUAACUUGCCUUUGUAGCAAAAAUACUCGCGCGACUAGAAUUUUUUUCUGUGGGCACCUCGUUUUCCUUUACCGAGACCUUAAUACAUUCACACGUCAACAACCCAUAACUGGUUGUGUGGAUCCACAUCCCAGGUACCUUUUGUGUUGCUCUCAGUUAAAAGGUCAAUCAUAGAGAACUACCCAACUUCUGUGUGGGAGGGGUGGAAAGGGCAAGAUCUUUUGUACAGAAUGAGUGAAUAGUCAAACAGGCCAGGGAAGAAUGUGACAAAUCAUGUACAGUUGCCCAGAAAAUCCUUUUAUGAAAAUCUUGUUCCGCUACCCACCUGAUCUUCCUUCAAAAUAAUUUUUGUGGAAAUGCAGCCUAUUCCCAGACAAGUAAACUUAAAAUUUAAAGCAGGAGGAGAAAAAGCAAACAAAGGGAGGAGAGAAAGAAAAAUUAAUAAUAUUGCCUUUAGUGCCUUUUCAAACUUUGGAAGCUGUAAUUUAGCACCAGGAGCAAAAAUCAGCAUAGUUCUUGACUUGCAAAGUAACAAAUUGUUUUGAGCAGUUUCAAUGCUUUUUGGUGGGCCCAGGAAUUGCUCAGCUAUUAAGCUAAAGUGGCAUUUUUCAACAACAAUUUCUGGGAUGAACAACUCAAAGCUCUUGUUUCCCCUCUCUUGAGAAACAAAUUUUAAUUUUUUGACAGUGGUCACAAGUUCUCCAGACCCCACUCCAGAGAGGGAUGCCAUACUUCAGGCUGGGUUGUCUGCACUUUUAAGAGCUAAGGACACUCCUAUUCAGACUCCUGUGGUACGUUUUACUUUACCUUUUACCUGCAACUUUCAAUACUACUACUAAUACAAAUGUAUUACUAAUAAUACAAAUGUAUUAAUCUAAAUAGAUUACAGAUAAUAAGAUAUUGCUUUUUCCUGUGGUGCUCUCUCUGUACUCAGGUCAUGGGGGUCAUGCAGGGUUGUCACUAAGAUUUCAAGUUGCCGGGUAAAUACAACAAGUAGGCGGGGAAUCAAACAGCUAGGGAUUUCUUUUGGUUCUAUUUUUCUUCUAUUUACCUAUGAAAGUAGCUGGGGGCCACGUUCAUGGUAGCUUGGGGAAUUCCCGGCCCCCGCCUCUUAAUGACCGCCUUAGUCAUGGGGGCUUUUUAGUUCCUACAGUCAUGUGAUCACUCUAAUUAAAUCUCUGAGCACUACUUUCCUGCAGCAUUGUUUAUUGUGUGGAAUACUUUGUAGUUGAUGGUUGAGAUUAAGACUUGUGACAUUGGUACAGAAGCUUUGAUUCUCACCAGUAGUUGCCUUAGCUUGUUCCAGGCGUUCAGAUUGUGGGGAUGGUGCAAAGAGAUGUGAUCAUUGGUGAUCUGCACUCCACUAUCUGAAUGCCUGGAAAAGGCUAUGAUUGCCUUGGUACUGUUUAUUAUUUAGCCUGUGAGAGUCAGUUCUUUUUUUUCUCACACCUUGUGAUAUGAGACACUUUGCUAACUGGCUUGAAUAAUCCUAGUGUGAGCUUUUCAUGUUAUCUUUGGCUUUCAAGAGCUUUUUUUAUACGGAUGAACAACCUCUUUUACGGGCCUUUAGCUCUGUCUGAUCUCAGGUUGUUAUGGAUCAAUUAUAAAAAUAUCUUUUAUUUGUGUGUUAUCUUUUACAGGUAAAACCAGGUCUUCAGCCAAGAGCUGCUCAUUUUCAGGCUGCAAGACCUGUCAAACCAGUUAAACAGGCUCUGCUGCUUCCUGCUAAACUGAAGGUAUGUACUUGUAGAUAUCACUGAUUCUGGGAUUAUGUUGUCAUGUUUUGAGGUCCUUCCUCUCUACUUCUUAAUUAAUAAAUUUCCAGUCCAAAUGCCAUUAUUAGGUUCAUCCAGUUUGUACAAACAUUUUCUGCGCUAAAAUUGGUUAAUCUACAGUCAAUCUAGAUACUGAUAUUUUUAUCCUUUUAAUUCCCAUUGCAUUAAUCUUUUCUCUUCAUUUUAUAUUGAUAUUGUCAGGAGAAAAUUCAUGUUGGCCACUCACAGCCCCUAGGGUGUGUGCAGCAAUGGGAGUUGGCUGUGUGGUCAACCUUAGGCAAACACUUGGUGUGCACUUAGUGUCCACCUUAUCGGGGGGUGUUUUAAUGAGGCAUCUGGCAUAGACUUAAUGCUGCGUCAUCUUUUCUCUUAAAGCUUAAGCGCCAGAGAGCUCAACAAAUUGCCAAAAGGGUUAAACUGCUUCAAGACAUGGAGCGGGCUCACUUUGCAAAAGAGACAGUGUCCUCCAUCCUCAAAAAGGCCCCUCCUGUAGAAUGGGCAGACAAACCAAAAACUCCGCCUAGAACACCCACAAAAGAAGGUCCAAGGACCCCGGAAAAGGUGUCUCAACAUGAUACAGCUUAUAUAUCACCACGAACACAGAGAAGAGAAUGUGAACGCCAGGUGAUACUGCUAUAUCGAAAGCAUGAUUGUCUUUUGUAGCAAAGUUAAUUUUCAAAUACAACACCCUACUUUUUGAUUGUCCCCACCUGGAGGCAAAGUAUCCAGAAGACACGAUUAUCAACUGUAAGAGAUCUUUAUUUUUAUUUUUAUUUUUUUUUACUUCUCUUUUCAUGUCCUUGUAGGAAGUACUGAUUUUACUUAUAGACAGUUAUUCAUCAAAGUAUUCAGUUCCUCAGAAAGCUACAGAAUUCCUUAGUUAGAAGCCCCCUUUUUUAGCUAGCAAACUUUAAAUAGGACUCACAACUUUAAGACGGAAAGCAGUUGCUCUCAGUUCAGUGGCCUAAGAUUUGUGGGAAAUCCAUUCAUAUACAAAUGAAUAAGUGUAAAGAGGGCAAUAUGACCCCAAAUUGUGGGGAUCUUCUUCUUGUAUUGUAACUCAAAACACAGAUAAGAAGUUGACAGACUUUUUAACACACUGUGAUGUACUGUGUUAGUCAACCUACAGGACAGUGUCAGACAAAAGGGAAGUGAAGAUUCAAUAUUUUGUGUUUACGUUCUCCAUAAAACGUGGUAACGAGAUAAUUCAUUAUCAUCAUCAUCACCAUCGUCAUCAUUAUAACGUUGUCGUGUCUGCUGCAGUUUAAGCUCCUCGUUAUCCUCUUCCUGAACCUGUCGAUGGAACACUAGUUUAGGACGAGUCAAGGAAUUCUGUAAUAAUAGUCCCUUACUAAAAGCCUGGUUUAGUUAAUCUAUUCGGCAAAUUAUAAGCUAGUUUCUCUGAGUACGUUAAGGAUUUUGGUAUGACUUUUUUCUUGUUUUGUCUGUUCUUGUGUUCAGCUUGAAAGUCCAAAAAGCCCAAAGUAUCCUCGUAGAACGCUUCCUCUAGACUAUGAGCUGGUGGAAAGAGAAGUGGCCAGGUAAUGUUCUCUAUAGCUGUACUAUUUGUUUGUAACGCAGUGUUUUCCAGAAGUGGUCACGCUCAGUUCAGUUAUGUCUUUUCUGCCGUAAGGUUGAUUUCCACUGACGCGUUUUUGACUACGCACGUUAACGCACUUAAAUUUUAAUCACGUAAAUAAAAUAGAGGCAAGAUAAAAAGUGCUGAGCUUAAACGAGAAGUUGAGCGAGGUUCAACUUUUACGCUUACGAGCGAUCUUUCAUGCAUUGCCUCUAUUUUAUUUGCGAACGUAAAUUUUUCGCACUUACGCACGUAAAAAUUACGCGACACUGGAAAUCAACCCUUACUCACUGUUUUCCCCCCUUCGAAUUUAUUAUAUCUAGACUAUCAGGUUGGCGAGAAGUCUUUUACAUUGCAGUAACAAUAACUAGGGCCUAUUUACACAAAAUUAAGCAAUCACAUUUCAGGAAGUGAACUGAGAGCCAAGGCAGUUGAAAUUCUACAAGUCGUUGAUUGGCUAACAUGACUGUUUAGCUGCUGUAUUGUGAUUGGUUAUCUCUGUUUGAGAGGAUCUUACUGAAGUCGCACAGUGAUUCUCAUCAAUCGUCUCUUUGACGUUGUACUUAUUAUAUUUUGGACAUAUGUGGAUAAUUUCGUUAUUGACCAAGCGUGAGGUCAAGAUGGAUGGAUGGAUAUCGGCAAAGUUCUUGUUUGCGUUCUUAUUAACCGAGACCUCAGACGAAGUCGAAGUCAAUAAGAACGCAAAAAAGAAGGAGCCAAUAUACAGCCAUCUUGAUCAAACGAGCUUGUUCAAUAGGGGUUUUAUUAUAUGGCCAAAAAAAGAACUUUUUCUUGCGGUAUCAAAGAUGAGCCUAUCUUGCCCGCUCGGGUAGCCAAUCAGAACGCAGGAUUCACUUCAUUUUGCCCGCUCGGUAGCCAAUUAGAACGCAGGAUUCACUUUAUCUUGCCCGCUCGGGGAUUCAGCCAUAUUAUAUAAUGUCAGUAAUUGACCACCCUUACUGUAGUUUAUGACUGUCAACUUUUCCAUUUCCAGGCAACGAUGGCUCGAUGAAGAAGCAGAUAGAAGGGUAACGUCUCAGAUUACACUUGUAGCUUCGUCUCUAAUUUUAACGUAAUGAAAUACAUUUUCAUUUCACGUCUGUUUAACUAGAUGCGAGAAUUAGAAGAUCGCCGCAGAGCAGAGAAUCUUCACCGACGAGACCGAAGGUACGUUUCAUGUUUUGUCAGGGGCUCAGUUAUUCAAGGGAGGGAAGAAACAAUAACCAGAGUUUAUACUAUCAGCUAACGUGGUACAACUCACUUUGACUCUGAAGAUGACUACCGCACAGGUUGUGGAAACGUCACUCACUGUCAGGAUUACGUUCACCCGGACGAUCAUGCCGAACCUACUAAUGAAAUAACUUCUGGAUUCAACCUUCACAGUUUUAAGGCACGUUCCUUUGCGCAGUAGGGUUAGCACGGCAAUGUGUAGUGUAGCUAGAGUCGAUCUAUACUCAAUCUAAACAGCACUCUUGUUUCCAUUUUAGCUCAGACGUUCUACUGUCCAGGCGAUUGAUAUCAGAGACAGAAGAAGCCAUUAGGUCACGAUUACAACCUCUUCUAGAUCGUGCUGAGGUAUAGAAGUCACAAUAUUGUAUGUUUUUGAAAGUUAAUCAAUCAAACGACAAACACGGUACGUUACAGUUUUCGCAAGGUGUCUUACCCUAAGCCUCUAGACGUCUCCAUGACUACCAACUUCAUAGGCCUUUAGAAUCACUGGAAACUAUACCAUAGCCGUGAAACCGCCCUUGUCUGUGUUCAAAACGGCAUUCUGCUUGCCACUGAUGAUCGUCUCUGUGCAUUCAGAGCUUUAAAUAGCUUUAUGGAGAGUGUUCACUCGGCAUCGGAGAUCGGAGAAUUCUCCGUGUACUAGGCAGAAUUCUCUGGCAAACAUUCCGUAGCCUAUGACUAUUUUAUAUUCAGACUUGGAGCCGCUUUCAAAAUAUUCUUCUGUAACGUUACACCUUUCUCCUGCGACUAGAAUUCAUAAUGAAAACCCUGAUUCAUAUAAGUGUAUACUAUUAUAAACUAUACUUAAAUUUACAGAGCUAUGCGUCACCUUUUAAUAAGCCAUACGUUGUUAUACAGAGCUAUACACUGUUGUAUACCACUUUAUAGAGCAAUACAUUGCUAUAAACAGUUAUGACAGCUAUCCUAAGCUGAAGACUGCUAUAUAGUCGUAAAGAGUUGUAAUGAGCGACACUCCUAGAUGCAACGCUUUAAAAAUUAAAACCUUUAUUUCAAUUCAUUAUAUACAGGAGAUAGCAGACGCGGAUGGCAGACGAGAACUCGUGCAUAAGAAAUCGCUGCAUCAUCAGUUGGGGAAACUUGCGUCGGAAACAGUAAGUGUAUCUCGCCAUACCCCCUUAAUUAUCCGACUGAUCCUCCUGACCCAGACUAUCUUUUAGUUUACCAUCUGUUCUGAGAACAAAUUUUUUAAGCGUUAAUCUCAGUGAGAAGCCAGCAUUUACGGGUAACAGAGCACUCACUGUUACCCUCUGACGUCAUACAUUUUCUGUGUUGUCCACUUAGAGACUUUUGGCGGGAAACAUGUCAUGUGACCUGAAAGUAACUAAUGCCAGCUCGGGAAAAGGGAAAAGCCAUAUAAGUUACUGUGCAACUAUUUAUGCGAAAUAAAUUGAGAUAUCUCGCACCUAAUAAGUUAAUAGACAAACUGUGGCUGAAUUAUGUCUCAACAGACAAUGAAUCAAGCUGACAUUUUAGCUGAAAAGGUUCUUGACGACGUUUUAGAGGAAACGGUGAUUGAAAUGCAGAGGUGAGUGAUCAGUAUGCAAUUCUCCUUAAAAUUUUAAAUGAUUACAAAAUAAAAAGAAAGCAAAGAAGCAGUGUUUUACUAAAAGUGGCAUUACUUUGGCUCAGCAGUGAGUAUGGGGGGCGGGGGGUGGGAGGGGGUCAGUCUACAGAAAAAGUGCUUAGAUGUGUCAUGUGGCGGCGAGAAGGACCCGUAUUUUGUUUAUAAUAUAGACCAAAUUUUAGCCUAUACAAGAAGCGCUUAUGAAAGUACUGUGAGAGCAAAGUGAGCUUCUGAACGAUGGGUUUUGCAAAAAAAAAAAAUGGAUAGAAGAUGGCCAAGAUGUCUAAAUCCAAGGACAGAGGACCCAGGAGAAGGGGAACGGAAAGAAGUAAACAGUAUAUGUGAUUGUUAGACUAGACAAUAUUGAGCUCUAUUACACAAGGAUCAAAAGAAGACGAGGAUCUCGAACUAGAACCUCUUUUUUUAGUGGUUUUCACAUUAUUUCACAGCAUUCAGUAGUUUUCCUUAGGGAAGGAAAGAUUUUAAAUUUUUCCAUUUUUGUGUAGGCUGGAAGUGGAAGAAGAGGCUGAAAUUGAAGCUGAUAACUUACAAAACAGUUCCACUUUAGAAAAUAUUCUUCAGAGAUUGCAAAAUUUUGAGGUACAUUGACAUAUUUUUUUACCUGCUCAUACAGAGAUGCAGAGACCCAGAGGCACUCAUGAUCAGCUAGGCAGUGUGUAUCAGCCGGUCAGGGCGGGAGGUUUUAAAUAAACGCAAGAAUUUGGAUACUAUUUAAAUGUUUCCGCCUCGACUGACUGCCCUCUGCUCUCCAGGAGCUUCCAACGUGGAGUGUUUAGGGAACACUUUGAAUGAAUAGCAUUUGUUUAUUUGUUUGCUGGUUUUCUUAUCACUUUGAGGAGAAAUUACAAAAACAUGCAUGGAGGGGACGGAUGAGUUACCCCUUUUUUCCGGUGAAAAAUCAAAACAAACCUUUGUUAUUUAAGGUACUUUGUCUCUCUUUCCCAAUUCCUUCGUCAUUAAAAAGGCAAUAUCACCAAGUUAAACUACCACUUGAUAAUUCAACAGGUGUUUACAUCACAUUUAAACACUUAGUCAAUUGUACUUGAGCUUAGUUGCAGUGAAGGAAGUGAAAGAGGAGGGCAACAAUCUCCUCAUUAACGAGGACGUUCCAAUGGCUACCGAGUUAACGUUCUUUAUUUAUCCUCUUUGGUGUUCUAUAAAGGAAACACCUCUCUAAAACAGACACAUAUUGCCAAUUUCCGCUGUUUUUUUUUUCUUCUCUUUUUUAAAAAACUUGUAUUCUAUUGAAGGCCUUCCUUAUUAAGGAGACGUUAGGUUUAAGAAAACUGGUUACUAAUAAUAAAUCUUGUGUUGUUCACAGAAAGUCGAGGAGGAAAUAAGGCGCCACUGGGUUCAUGUUAAAUAUUCAGAUGUAGAAAAACCCACAGAAAAUCUUUCUUCAGGUAUGUUUGUGUAGCCUCGUAGAAUUUCUCUUCAAAAAUCUUUGUUAUAUCAGGCCUGGUUACAGCAACAGAGGCCGGAAUUGGAUCAUGAUCACAAGGAUUUAAGUAGAUAUUUCUUGUCAAUCUGACAAGCUAGUUACAAGUGUCAGCGUGCGUAAAGCCAGUCUUGUAUGGCCAUAUACACAUGGGUAGUGCUAUUCAUGACUGUGUUGUGGCUAUGUUGGGCCAUGAAGGACGAUUAAGUAUAGCCGUGUGAGCUGUGUAAAUCUAUGUCUUUCUAUUUAUAGCCACACACGGCUGUGAAGAGAUGUGGCUACGCUCAAUCAAACGACUAUAUGAUGGUUAUAUCACGUUACUAAGUAGACUUACUAUGACUCUCUGCAUAGCCUGUUUAACCCUUUAAGCCCCAAGAGUGAUCAGCAUCAAAUUUCUCCUUGUAAUAUCAAUGCUUUGUAAAUCAGAGUGGUCAUGAGAAUUACAGACAUGAUCACGCAAGAUGAAUUUGCUAAAUAUUUUAUCAACUUCUCCCCACUGCGUCUGUAGGAACUGAAUAGGGGGCAACAAAUGAGAAUUCAAAUUUUGAUUGUAGGUUUAAAGGGUUAAAGUGAAAGUAGUUUCACUGACCGAAUCAUUUUCUAUCCUUGUUCUUACCUUAGAUUUGUCUUACAUUGAUUUAGUUUUCUCAGACAACCAAAUCAAUUUAACUGAUUAACAACUAAUUCAACUUCUCACAGACGAUUCUGCUUGAUUGUAGACACAGCAGUUUACUCUGUAUGUAAAAUUUUGUAUUGUUUUCUUAUCUUAUUUUAUCGUUCUUUUUAAGCAGAGACACGACAUUCUCGGAGAGUCAAAGUUCCCAAACCUAUCGUGUUUUCCAAACCGGAUGGGACUGAGAGCCAUCGUUUAAAGUCGGAAAAUAGCCGAGGAAUUGCCGAACAGGGACGAGAGAUGGAUAGGAGGCCGCUAAAAUUACUGGAGGAAUUCAGUGACACAAGCAGCUUUUCUUCGCUUGUGGAACGUGAGUUUACUUACCUUACUUUAUACUUUGUUUGAGUUAUAUCAAGUAUCAUUUUUUACCAGACAGACCCGCAUCACCUGCCUCUCUAAUGGAAUCCUAAAAUGGGUGGACCUGACUCAAGAUAUGUUCCUAAAAGCUGGUCAGCUAUUUUAAUAACUUACACGUUUCUCUUAUAAUGCCAGCCCUAUAUGACCUCUUGACACUACCAGCAGUGGUCGACAUCUACAUAUUGGGACUGGUUUAGAGAGUACUACCGAGCGAGGUUUUGUGAUGGUCACCGACUGAGCUUUGUUUUAAUUAGCCAUAUGGAAGUUGACGGUUAGAUUGGGUCGGCGAUGUCGCUAUCAUCCUUUUAAAUCACUAUCCAACGGAUAAGUGUUAGGGAAACUAAUUGCGCUAUCCAAUGGAUAGUGAUUUAUCCGGUGGACAGUAUUAUCCGCUUUUUUAACAACUGGGACCAGAACAUCUUCUUUCUCUGAACUCGUGGAACAGAACAGAACAGAACAGUUUAUAGCGCUCCAUGAGUCUAGAAACUCUUUAUUAAAAGCGCUUUAUUAAGCCUGUUUGGCCAAGCUACUUUAAAUCAGCAACAUACACUCACGACUGUACAUCUUUCUUUUCUACCAGCAUCAACUGAAGAUCGUUCAUCAACUCAAAGCUCCUUCAAUAAAGGCACUCAGCUGGGAGGGCCCUCACAUAGCCGACCCCUUGCAAGUAGUGCUCGACCUACAGUGAAGCUUAGUGUACCUGAGGAGAUGAGAGCCAGUGUGGUGUCAUACAGAAACCGGUUUAACAAGUAUUUGAGGGACACUGCUACUCAUGAACAGGGCAAGUUUGACCCCUGGGGACUGGUGGAUAGGUAGGUCACUUCACUUAAAUAAAAGCUACGACACAGUUGAACCUCCAUUAAGCGACCACGCGCGUGGAAGGAACAACUGGCCGCUUAAUAAACAGUUACCGAAACAAAGUCAGAUUAGCCUGCAUAGCAGGUGUCGAAAGGGUAGGGGAUAGGGAGGGAGGGGGAUUGGGGAGAGAGGGUCAGUGUCAUAGUGGUAACUGCAAACACGAAAAUGUCAUACCGGUAGUUGCAACUUACUCUCAAGCUUCGUUUGUUUUAACUUAGUACUAGAAAGAAUAUGAGCUGUUGAUCUGUAUGGGGUUUUAUUUAAUGGGUUUUACAGAAGUGUAAGUGUGACUCAAUUUUCAAAUACAGUCAAAACAUGUAAGCCAGACUUAACUCUUUAUGAGCGUUUUAUGGGAGUUAAAAACAAUACAAAACCUCUGGCAACUGGUUAGCUUGCGUUGUUUAGUACAGAGCUGGUAUUAAGCAACGCAGGCUAACCAGUUGCCAGAGCUUUUGUCUUGUUUUACACCCCUAUAAAACGAGCUGGUAAAAAUAAAUAAAUAAACAAUAAUGAUAAAAAUAAAAUAAUAAUAAUAAUAAUAAUAAUAAUAAUAAUAAUAAUAAUAAUAAUAAUAAUAAUAAUAAUACAGAGCUGUUGCCCGGUCGUGUGGUCUGUUUUGUACUCAAACACUUACCUUGUCCGCUUUAUAAUCUCUUUGUGUUUUGGUGUAUUUACGUUCUUUUGGAAAUAUAAUUUUCAAACUUAAAAAGGAAAAUAAAAUUAUUGAUAUUAAUUUUUAGAGGGGCACUUCCCCCUGUUAGAGCACCUGGUCUUAUCUAACAUAGGGUGGUAACUGAACAGAAAUAGGGCGCACUCCUCAAAGCCAAUUACAAGUCUCUUGGAGAAACUUUUUUCGGACCGAAACGAGAAAGGAAGCAUGCGAUUACAAGUGAAUUUCGCUUUAUUUUAGGAUCAGUGAGGAUUUGUUAGAAGAAGCCCUACAUGAAGUUGGUAAUGAACUUGAACACGUGUGCGAUGACUACGCAGAAGCUUUGUACAACGAAGAAUUUGUUUCUGUCAACACAGAUACGUGA